AUGAACAAGGCUGUGCAAGUCCACAACUGUCCCCGUGCACGCAAGUACCAGAUGCCGAGUUGCCGUGUCUCGAUGGCUCACCCGAUCGCUAAAUGA